CGGCGGCGACGAAGGCGGAGGCGGCGGCGACGGCGCAAGAGGGGGUGGGGGGUGGGGCGCGAGAGUGAGUGAGUGGCUGAGUUUACCCCUGUGAAGCAGUGAGAGGCCCGGGGCCUACCUCAAAGGAGAGGGGUCGCGGUGCCAGCUAGCAGCGGGCCCCCUCCUGGUCCCCGGGCCCGGUGGCGGCGGCGGCGGCGACUCGGUUGUGAGGAGGCGGGGAAGCGGGUGUCCGGCCCCAGUCAUGGAGGGCAUGGACGUGGACCUAGACCCCGAGCUGAUGCAGAAGUUCAGUUGCCUGGGCACCACCGACAAGGACGUGCUCAUCUCCGAGUUCCAGCGGUUGCUCGGCUUCCAGCUAAACCCGGCCGGCUGCGCCUUCUUCCUGGACAUGACCAACUGGAACCUACAAGCAGCAAUUGGCGCCUAUUAUGACUUUGAGAGCCCAAACAUCAGUGUGCCCUCCAUGUCCUUUGUUGAAGAUGUCACUAUAGGAGAAGGGGAGUCAAUACCUCCUGAUACUCAGUUUAUAAAAACGUGGCGGAUCCAGAAUUCUGGGGCAGAGGCCUGGCCUCCAGGGGUUUGUCUUAAAUAUGUCGGGGGAGACCAAUUUGGACAUGUGAACAUGGUGAUGGUGAGAUCGCUAGAGCCCCAAGAGAUUGCAGAUGUCAGCGUCCAGAUGUGCAGCCCCAGCAGAGCAGGAAUGUAUCAGGGACAAUGGCGGAUGUGCACUGCUACGGGACUCUACUAUGGAGAUGUCAUCUGGGUGAUUCUCAGUGUGGAGGUGGGUGGACUGUUAGGAGUAACGCAGCAGCUGUCAUCUUUUGAAACGGAGUUCAACACACAACCACAUCGCAAGGUAGAAGGAAACUUCAACCCGUUUGCCUCUCCCCAAAAGAACCGACAAUCAGAUGAAAACAACUUAAAAGACCCUGGGGGUUCCGGGUUCGACUCGAUCAGCAAAAACACAUGGGCACCUGCUCCUGACCAAACCGAGCAAGAUGAGAAUAGACUCUCUCAGAACUCUGUAAAUCUGUCCCCCAGCAGUCACGCAAACAACUUAUCAGUAGUGACUUACAGUAAGGACACUUUCUUGUCCCCAAGUACAUGUGGGGAUGCUCUGAGAAAUGGAGCCUUCGGAAACCCACUUCUUUGCAAGGGGCUCCACGGGCCUUACCCCUUCGGCCAGUCUUAAACGGGUGUCAGCAAGAAGAAAAAUAAGACCGAAGGCUUGACUUUUUUGGGGGGCGGGCAAGGGGUUCCCUCUGGAUGGCAGACCGCGUCACAUGGACCUCUGGCUCUGACCCCCAAUCCUGGAAGAAGAGGAAGAAGCAGAACAGACUAGUUUUGAGUAAACUCAGUAUGCAUGUGUGAAUGCUGAAUUGCAGGAGUGGUGUUGAGCUACCAAGAAGAAAUCCGUGCAGCCGCCUUGGUUUUGUUUAGUAGGCAUCAGUCUAACAAAUCAUUAGGUCACUCGGGAAGGGAAAAAAAGUUUAAAUGGGGGGAAAAAGCCAUCUUUUUCAACAAAAAUUAUUUUGCCUACGGACAGGUUGUAGUUUUGAGCACAUGUUAAUUUUUUCCCUCUUUCCCCACUUUUAUUUUUUUGGAUAAGGGAUAACAUACUCUAUAGAAUAGCUGCUUGCUCUGGAAGCGAUUCAGGUUAAAAGCUGGUGUGGCAUGUUUGGGGACUCUCUGGGUCAGUCUUACAGGAAGACAUCUGCCAUGCCACAUGACUCCAGAAGUCUCUGACUCCAUCUGUUUUUAAUGGCAUCAACCAAUCAAUUAUCGCCCUUUUCCUCUUCUUUUCUCUUUAAUCUUCUGUUGAUUUACACCUUUGACAUUUGUAUUUGUCAACCCUGUGGCUUGUUACCAUCUGAAACUCUCUGAAGACCAAACUUCCCUGUGUGGCCAGCAGAGGAAGCCUUGAGGACAGAUCUCGGGUGGUGUGGGAGUUUCUGAGGCAGAGAGGUGUCCUGCACACACUUGUAACAAUUCAAAUUGCUCUUCUUCCAUGUUUCUCUUGGUGGAGAGAGAUGCCAUUAUGCUUACUGCUCUUUUGGAUUCUUUGUCCACGGGGUUUUUCCAUUUGCUCUGGGAAUAGUUCCUCCAUGCUACGUAUAUGGAUGUGCCACAGGCACACACACAUGGGUGUUGAUGCAGCUCAUCAGUGAGUGUGAAGGUGUCCCAUGCUUCUCUUUUGGCUCACAACUCCCUUCCCUGUGUUUCUGUCCGGUUGUCCCACUGUGAUGUUUUCACAGCCCAUUAGUGGAGGCUGAGCUGUUAAGGUAUGAAAAUACAACCCCAAAUGGGGAAUUUGCCGUGGGGAAAGGCCAUAGUUACUGACAACAUGAUCUUGGAGACCACAUUUUAAUGGAAACCAGAGGACCCCCACCCUGAGUAGGAUGCUUGGUUUUUGGGAGGUGGUGGGCAAGGAACAAAGGCUGACUGGCUGGCUGCCCACUUGGGUAGGUGGUCCCACUGGCAUCCUGUGGAUCUGAGCAGGUUGAGACGUGGGUAUCUCCAUGGGAAGCUUGAACCAGGCGAGAACAGCUAUCUGCCAAAGAUACAAGAAUAUGCAAAGUCCCUCUUCUCUUCCAACCCCCUCCUUCCCUCGAGUCUUGGUUGGUUUGAUAGCCAGGGAUAUGGAUCUAGGGUGUGGAUGCAGGGUCACCUGCCUGUCAUGCCCCAGAGGUGUGAGACGAGCAGAGAGACCAGGUGAUGAACGGCUGCAAGGGGUCAUUAUAGCCUGGGUAUGGGUGAGGGUCUGCCUGCCUGUCUCUGUGUGUCUGAGUUCCACAAAUGCGUGAUAUUUGUUCCUCCUCAUCCUCUUCUGACACAGUUGUUUUUUAAAGCUUGAUUGUGGGAGAAAAGCUUGUAUAAAAUUCCUUCACCUCCCCACUUCCCAACAAGUAAAAGGGGGAAUAAACUUUGGUCCGCUGGAGAAGCCCCGGGGGGAGGGUGGAGCCAUGCUGCUGAGAAGGGCGGUACAGCUGGCGCUGGGGUUGGACUAGGGCUCACACUGGAGCACCCACUCUCUAUGCACAUGAAAAAUGCCCCAUUCUGGAACAGAACAGAGGGGAGUCCCUGCCGGUGCCCAGGCCACCAGUGGCCCAAGCCAGGGGCUCACAGUGGCUUUUUGUCUGAGGGCCCUAUCAGGCCCAGCCUGCGGCUACUGUUGGUGCCAACCUCCUGGGAUACCGCCAGGAACCCACACAUAGUCCAGCCAUUCUCCUGGCUUGCUCACCUUCACAGCAGUGCAUCUCCAGCUUCUCCUGGCAGGAUUAUGGGAAACUACAUCCCCUGGUAUCCUGGCUUCCUCAUCUCCCCGACACAGGUGUCCCUUUCCUGUUUCUCAGAGGGGCUACCUGCCAUUAUUCAGCAGGGGCUUCAUAGGCCACCACCAGUAGGUCUGGCCCUGCCAGAGGCACCCUGCUCCUCCUCUUCCCUGUAGGUAACCUCACCUAUAAGGUGACUAAGCAUGUUGGCUUCCCUCCUAAGAAUAAACCAUUUCUGUACACAUCUUUGGAGAGCUGAACUUCUUGCAGAGGCCCAGAGUAAGCACAAGCCGUGGUUUAGGGGUGGAGGAAGUCCAUGGCUCCUCCAGGACCAGGAGGGCAUCAAUACCAUUCUGCCUCCUCUCGCUGUUUUGGCUUUGAGCAACGCCCAGAGCCCCUCUACUCCCCUGCCCAGUAGGGUGGUAGAUGCUAACCUCUCAUCCCCAGUAGUCUCCCUUGCUCUUGGUCUUGUCACCACAUGGCAGGCUACCUCUGGACAGGACCACCAGUGUCUGGCAGCAGUCAGGUGAAGCAGGCACUGUCCUUGGGGGGCCUGAGCUCCGCAGGGGAGGCAGAGGGGCUGAGGCUUGGGAAGAAUCUGUGUGCAUGGAGUGAGGUAUGUGUGGACGUGUGCACGCGUGCAUGCCUUUUUUUCUUUUUGUCAUGGGGACAGUUGAAUUUGGGGCAUUUUUCUAUAAAAGGCAGCCUUCUCUUCCCUAGUAAAGACUGUCUGUCACAUUAAGCCCAUCAGAGGCACUUCUAGCCUGGAGAGAACCACACCAAGACAGCUGGUGUAGCCUGAGAGUGGUCAGGUGGGAAAUGGGCAUGAGAAUUAACACCUCCCCAAAUUCAGUCUGAUCCCCAGCAGGAGAGGAUGGCGGGGCUGCCAGGGCUCAGAGCUGCAAGCUGGGUCCUCAGUGCACCCGGCCUUACCUUUCCUUAGUCUCCUUGGGUGAGUGCUGGAACAGCAGUGGCUGCCCUUCCACCUGGACAGGGGUGUGUAGCAAGCACACUGAGUGGGUGUUUGUGCUGGGGCGUCAUGGUGCCUGGGAGGAGAUGAAGAUGAGGAGGUUUUUCCUUACUGUAUAAAUGAAUAUUUGUAUGAUUAAAUUAACACACAAAACUA